AUGUACUGUGUACCGUAUCUUGCCAAUGGCUCGGAUUGCCUUCGCUCCCUUGAUGUGCCAACUAUCCGUGGAAGCUUGAAACCCUCUAACAUACUGUUCUUGGACGGAUGUACCACUCUCGAGAUGAGUGACAUGGGGAAGUCGAAGGUUUUUGAAUCGAACAUGAGGGAAAUGCAGUUAUCGAAUCAGCGUCCCCUUUUCUCUACAGCACCAGAGGAGCGAUAUGAUGAAAUCUGCACUCGUUGGUCGAGGAAAGUGGAUAUUUACAGUGUGGUGGUUACAGCCUGGGAAAAGCUGACAAGAAAGUUGGACGAAGAAGUCCACUCGUAUCUACCAUUUCAGAAAUCGCGUGGACAACGACCAUCAGCGUCACACUUGAUUCGACCGCUCAAUUCCUUCAUGCGCAAUGUCUGUACAAAGAGUACCUCGCAGCUGUACAUUGCAUUCGAGAACGCGGAAUUGUCCAGUAUUUCUCCAAACGCCAGGGACUUCUCCGUCAGUGAACGCGAAUGUUGGAAGGCGCGUGGAGAUGUGGUUGCGAGAGUGAAGCAGAUGUCGCGGCACCGCUACGUGGGAGUUGCUGGGCUUUGGCGGGAUAUGGGGAACGUAAGCGUUCUGGACGUCAAUGGACAGCUGCGAGGAAUUCUUCGUGCAGACUUUGCGCAUGAUGAAAUCGAAGAGUCGAACCAAUUCUGCGGCCUCGUGGAGGGCGAUGCAACUUACAUCGACGUCUUCCGUCGGUGCCAAGAGGACUGCAUUGGCUUCAGUACAUUGGCGGGUGGAGGAGACACCCUCCAAGAAGUUAAGGACGGCUUUGAUUAUUGCAAGAAAAGCAGCAUCAAGAACUGCGGCUUAAGCCACUUCUAG